AUGCGGAUCCUAAGAUGUCUGUGUCGUUUUUCUGUAAUGCUGAAGUUCCUCGAUGUUUUUGUUUUUAAGAUUCUAAUACUGAUGACGGUCGUUGGGUCAUGCUGGACUAGCGAGCUGGGCGGUCAUGGACUGACAUUGGGGGAAAUCGAUACAGGUCACGAUGGGCACGACAUUGGUUUGGGUGAAAUAGGAUGGGACUCGCAUGACCUGGGAGGUUAUGGUGGAGGCGGCCAUUUUAUACCCGUUAUUAAAACAAUUGGGGUACCAGUGGCGAAGCACGUCCCAUUUGUCGUCCGUACUCUCCAAGUCGAAAAAGUUCCGCAAAGCUACCCAGUUCCAGUUUUUGUAUCGAAACCAGUUCCUUAUCCGGUGGAGAAGCAAGUGUUCACGAAAGUGGAGAAGAAGGUGCCCACACCAGUAGAGAAGAUCAUUCCUGUGAAGAUCGUGAAGCCAGUUCCGUUUACUAUAGUGAAACACGUUCCUUUUCACGUGGUGAAGCCAAUUCCCAUCAAAAUUCCAAUUUACAAAACGAUCAUUCACCGUCACAAGGGACAUUGA